GUAGGUCAAGCCCUGAGCACAGUUUCAGUUUUGGUAGCAGUAUCCACUGCCCAGCUGGCAGCUUCCACAGAGCCAGGGGAUACACGGACUGGCCGGCAGGCUGUGCCCCUGAAGCUGGAUCAACAGGAGAGAAGGAAGUAGCUAAAUCAUCUCACACAAGAAGUUGUGCUGAGUGGCACAGCCUCCUCGGGAGCCACCAGCCAUGAAGCUCUUCUUGCUCACCUGCCUGCUGGCUGUCUUCCCAGUGGUCUCCAUGAAAAGUCCCAUAUUUGGUCCCACGGAGGUAAACAGUGUGGAAGGUAGCUCAGUGUCCAUCAAGUGCUACUACCCAGCCACCUCUGUCAACCGGCACACCCGCAAGUACUGGUGCCGGCAGGGAGGCAGGGGUAGCUGCACGACCCUCAUCUCCUCAGAGGGUUACAUCUCCAAGGACUACGUGGGCAGAGCCAACCUCACCAACUUCCCAGCGGAUGGCACAUUCGAGGUGACCAUUGCCCAGCUCACCCGGGAUGACUCCGGAAGCUACAAGUGUGGUCUGGGCAUUAAUAACCGAGGCCUGUCCUUUGAUGUAAGCCUGGAGGUCAGCCACGGUCCUGGACUCCUAAAUGACACUCAGGUCUACACAGUAGAUCUGGGCAGAACGGUGACCUUCAAAUGCCCUUUCAAAAGUGGGAAUGCUCAGAGCAGGAAGUCCUUGUGCAAGAACACAGGCCAGACCUGCGAGCUAGUCAUCGACUCCAAUAAAUAUGUACACCCCAACUUCACGGGCAGAGCCAGCCUAACUAUUCAGGGUACCAGCCAAUUAGUAUUCAGCAUCACCAUCAACCAACUGAAGCUUGGAGAUGCUGGGUUGUAUAUCUGCGAGACCGGGGUGGGUUCCAAUAGUGACAAGAAGAAUGUUGACCUCCAGGUGCUAAAGCCUGAACCUGAGUUGGUUUAUGGAGAACUGAGGGGUUCCGUGAACUUUGACUGUGACUUGGACCCUGAGGGGACAAAUGUGGCCCAAUUUCUGUGCCGGGUAAACAGUAAAGGAAGCUGUGAUGUGGUUAUCAACACCCUGGGGAAGAGGGAUCCAGCCUUUGAGGGCAGAAUCCUGCUCAAACCACAAAAUGAAAACGGCCGCUUCAGUGUGCUGCUCACAGGCCUGAAGAAGGGAGAUGCAGGACACUACCUUUGCGGGGCACACCCAGAUGGCCUGCAGAAGGAAGGCUGGCCCAUCCAGGCUUGGCAACUCUUCAUCAAUGAGGAGACGGUGGUCCCCCCUAAUCCCUCUGUGGUGAAGGGUGUGGCAGGAGGUUCUGUGGCCUUGCUCUGCCCUUAUGACCGGAAGGAAAGCAACAGCAUCAAGUACUGGUGUCUCUGGGAAGGAAAGCAGAACGGCCACUGCCCACUGCUGGUGUCCAGCGAGGGGCAGGUUCAGGAAGAGUAUGAGGGCAGGCUGGCACUGUUUGAAGAGCCGGGCAAUGGCACCUACACAGUUGUGCUCAACCAGCUCACCGCCCAGGAUGCUGGCUUCUACUGGUGCCUCACCAAUGGCAGUACUCGCUGGAGGACCUCAGUGGAGCUCCAGAUUGUUGAAGGAAAACCAAGCCUCAAGGUAUCGGAGAAUGUGACCGCUGUGCUGGGGAGGAGUCUCGAGCUCCAGUGCCACUUCCCCUGCAAAUACUACUCCCACGAGAAGUACUGGUGCAAGUGGAGCAACAGGAGCUGCAGGGACCUGCCCAUCCAAGACAAAAGCCCCCGCCAGGCCCUUGUGAACUGUGACCAGAACAACCGGUUCAUUUCCUUGACCCUGAACUCAGUCACCAAGGAGGAUGAAGGCUGGUACUGGUGCGGUGUGAGACAGGACCAUCACUAUGGAGAGACUGCCGCUGUCUAUGUGGCAGUUGAGGAGGCGGCAGCGGGGUCCCGUGAGGUCAGCCCAGCAAACACAAAUGCAAAUACGGUUGCUGAGGAGAACGUGGCAGAGCCCACUGUUCAGGUGAUUGAGAACAAAGCCAUUGUGAAUCCCAGGCUUUUUGCAGAAGAAAAAGUGGUGGAGGAUACGGGAGACCAAGUUCCUGGGGGCAGAGCAUCCACAGAUACUGGCAGCUCUGCGGGACAAAGCAGGAGCUCCACAGUGUUGCUGUCUACCCUGGUGCCUCUGGGCCUGGUGCUGGCGGUGGGGGUUGUGGCUGUGUGGGUAGCCAGAGCCCGGCACCGGAAGAAUGUGGACCGGGUUUCAAUUAGAAGCUACAGGACGGAUAUUAGUAUGUCAGACUUUGACAACUCCAGGGAUUUUGGUGCCAUUGACAACAUGGGAGCCACACCAGUCACUCAGGAGACUAUCCUUGAAGAAAAAGCUGAUGUCAUGGCCACCCCCAAGAGCAACACGGAGCCUGAAGAACCCAAGAGGGCAAAAAGGUCAUCCAAGGAGGAAGCCGACAUGGCCUACUCAGCCUUCCUGCUCCAAUCCAACAAGAUAGCCGCCCAGGGCCAAGAUGGCCCCAACGAAGUCUAGGCAGUACCAGCCACCUGCCCCCUCGCCUGCGACAAUCACCUUCAGAAUUAUGCUGAUCUGCUGCCUGCACUCACCCCCCACCUAGGCUUUUUCUACCUGUGCUCAGAGGUGUGCUGGUCCUGUCCUCAGUGGCACCGAAGCCGGGACAAAUUGCUCCUGUUGGUUGUGGGGAGCAUGGGGAGUGCCCAUCUGCAGCUUGCUUUUGUUGAGAGAACCUCAGGUGUGGAGGAUUCAGAUCUUAGCGUGGUCUCUCUGAAAUAAGGGGGACCUGGGUGGGGAGCUCUUUUCAGGAAGGAGAUCCACUGGGGCCUCUGUGCACCCUAUGGUGGGAUGCCAAUGGGAUUUCCCCCUCCAGCCCAUCUCUCCCUCUCUUCCUUCCUCUCUUCUAUCUUUCAUUAAAAAGAUGUGUUUGAAUACUUACACCCUGCUAGAUCCUGGGACAGAUAUGCCACAAGCCCAGUUGGUGGCCUCUCCAUAAUAUCACUGAAGGAGGCCUGACGCUCCCAGUGUGUGUCCACUAGUAAGAUGUGACACCUUACCAGGUACACUCACCUCGCCCUCAAUGGGUGACAUCAUGCAAUGCCUGGAGUCCUAAAGCAUACACACAAGUCAUCAUAAACAGACUCUUGCAGUCCCAGGUAAGAGCAUUGAGGUCCUGAGUUUUUCUCAAGGGCACCCAGUGAGAUAAAUGAGCAUCAAACUAAUUUUGGCAUCUCCUGACCAGGGAUCUUUUUAUAAGAGUCCUGCCCCCACUUUUGGAGGCAAGCUUUAGAACAAGGAGGAGGAAAAGAAAAAUGUGGAUGGUGACUGAUCUUUCCCAGGUCUCACCUGCAGGAAAGAUAACUCCUUCCCUUCCUGUCGCUCCCCUGGAUCUAAGAUAAGAGAACUGACAAACACAUUUGAAGAGUUCCAAGUGGAGGGAAGAAGAGAGAGUGUCUGAUGGUGCCAGGGAGGGGCUGAUCUCCCAAGAGCUAACAUUAAAGCUCUUUCUUCCUCUGAGCUCUAUACUUCAACCAGCAUCUACUAGCUGGCACUUGCUGACAAAUCAGAAAUGUGACUUAAUUAAUAAUUAAAGACCAUGAUUGCCACCAA